GGGAGGACAGCGCUGCGAGGAGGCGCCCGGGACAGUCAUGGAGCGCCGCGUGGGAGUGAGGGCCUGGGUGGAGGAGAACCGGGGCUCCUUCCAGCCCCCCGUCUGCAACAAGCUCAUGUGAGUCCGGCACCCCCAUGGCCUCCCCCUGCCCUUGCUUCCUCCCCCUCCUCCAUCUGCGCCCUCACCUUGCAGCUCCGAGUUCCUGGACCCAAAAGCCUGCAGAAGGGCGGCUUCAAUCUCUUGGUUCUUGGGGGAAGAUGGAGACAGGCUGUUCCGGUUCCACCACAUCAGUCUGUUCCUCUUUCUGGUGACUGUGGUCUUGACUUCUGAAGAAGGCUGAGCUGUGGGAGAUGAGAUGACAAGGCACCAGGAGCAGCUCAAAGUCAUGUUCGUUGGAGGCCCCAAUACCAGGAAGGACUAUCACAUCGAAGAGGGUGAAGAGGUAUUUUACCAGCUGGAGGGAGACAUGGUUCUCCGAGUCCUGGAGCAAGGCAAACACCGGGAUGUGGUCAUUCGGCAGGGAGAGAUAUUCCUCCUGCCUGCCAGGGUGCCCCACUCACCACAGAGGUUUGCCAACACCGUGGGGCUGGUGGUUGAGCGAAGGCGGCUGGAGACCGAGCUAGAUGGUCUUAGGUACUAUGUGGGCGACACCAUGGACGUUCUGUUUGAGAAGUGGUUCUACUGCAAGGACCUCAGCACGCAGUUGGCCCCCAUCAUCCAGGAGUUCUUCAGCUCUGAGCAGUACAGAACAGGAAAGCCCAUCCCUGACCAGCUUCUCAAGGAGCCACCAUUCCCUCUGAGCACACGAUCCAUCAUGGAGCCCAUGUCCCUGGAGGCCUGGCUGGACAGCCGCCGCAGGGAGCUGCAGGCAGGCGCACCACUCAGCCUGUUUGGGGACACCUAUGAGACCCAGGUGACCGCCUAUGGGCAAGGCAGCAGCGAAGGCCUGAGACAGAAUGUGGACGUGUGGCUGUGGCAGCUGGAGGGCUCCUCGGUGGUGACAAUGGGGGGACGGCACCUGAGCCUGGCCCCUGAUGACAGCCUCCUGGUGCUAGCUGGGACCUCGUAUGCCUGGGAGCGAACACAAGGCUCUGUGGCCCUGUCUGUGACCCAGGACCCUGCCUGCAAGAAGCCCCUGUGGUGACCCUGUUGCCAUGGCCUGAAGCAGCCACAGGUGUGCCUUGCAGCACCCUUGAGUGCCAUCCCUGCCAAACAACUCUCCCAGCCCCACCGCUUCUCUGUGUACUGCUGCUGUGUCCCCCACAGACCUGGACAUUGUCGUCACCCACCCUCCUGCCUUUCUCAGCCCAGAUGCCACGCCCCUGAGCGGGCAGCAACUCCCCGUCUUCUCCGGCAGCCUCAGCCUACUGCCUUGCCAGUCUUACCAGGUGGUCUACUCCUGGCCCAGCUCCUGACCAUUCCUCUGUCCCUGUAGACUCAGUGCAGCACUUCCCCGCCAAGAAGGCCCUCAAUAAAGGCUUCCUGGUGAACGCA